UGGCGCAUUCUUUCACUUUCCAUUGUUCUUAACACGCGCUCACUUUUACCUCCUUUUUAGAACUCCCCAACUCUCUUCCUCACCGUGCUUCCACUUUCCUCCUCCUCCGCCGCCGCUGCCGGAGCUGUUUACUGUACACAGUCAUAGGGAGGAAAACUCGGAAGCCGACUGGUUUUAUUUUCCAUCGCAGGGGGACAGCUCUUCCGGUGCCUUUUGGAAGUUGGAGAGGCGGCUCCGACAACCUAUGGCUGAGUUGACUCAACCGGAGGUCUAUUGGCCCACGGCUCUGCAGGUGUGGAAGACGUUGUUGAACUGGUUGGCGUUCUUCUUUCAGAUCUUCGUUCGAAUCCUCAGAGCUUUUGAACACCUUCGGCUUCUUUCUUCUGAUUCUUCGUCUCCGUCUUUUAAGCCUUUGCCGGUUGUUGAACUUCCUGACCAGGAGUUGCUCGCCGACUCCACCGUUGAUAUCGACUCCGUUGAAGGCGAGAAGGAGUCCGUUGGGCUUAGGGAGAAACUGACGAUAGUUCUUGACUUGGAUGAAACUCUCGUAUGUUCAUACGAGACAUCUACUUUGCCUGCUGUUAUUCGCAAUCAAGCUAUCGAAGCUGGACUGAAGUUUUUUGAACUCGAGUGCUUUUCUUCAGACGAGGACUGUGAAGGGAAGCCUAAGGUCAACUAUGUUACUGUCUUUGAGCGUCCGGGUAUGCACGAUUUCUUAAACCAACUAAGUGUAUUCGCAAAUCUUGUACUCUUCACAGCUGGUCUUGAAGGGUAUGCAAGGCCUCUUGUUGAUAGGAUAGAUGAAGAAAAUCUAUUUAGUCUUCGGCUGUAUAGGCCUUCAACUAUUAGCACGGAAUACGGAGAUCACGUGAAGGAUCUCUCCGGCCUAUCAAAGGAUCUAAGAAGAAUAGUCAUCGUUGACAACAAUCCUUUCAGUUUUUUAUUGCAACCUCUGAAUGGAAUUCCUUGCAUUUCAUUUUCUGCAGGGCAACCACGCGAUUCACAGCUCCUAGAUGUCAUUCUUCCACUUCUAAAGCACCUCUCGCUGCAGGACGACGUCAGGCCGGUGCUGUAUGAAAGAUUUCAUAUGCCUGAAUGGUUUCAGAAGCAUGGAAUUCCAACCUAAGUUAAAUGAAGAUUUGUGCAAGAAAAAAGGUAUAUUAUUCUCUGCACCAUGUCAACAGUUAGCACAGUUAGCUUGUUCUAAGGGCAGCACCUUCAUGAGUCAGAUUUUGAUUCUUGAGCUUUUGUAUAGCUUUAUUUUGUACAUCAUAGAUAAAGUUUCAUCCAAAAUGUUUGAAAUUAGUAUAUAGUAUUAAAAUGUAAAUUUGUAGGAAUCCUGAUUUGUAAUUUAUCCAUGCAAUGUUGUUGGAUAUGUUUGUAGGAAUUUUCUUUUUACUUUUACCAAUAAACACCAGGAGUUUCUCCUCAUUCGGUUGCU